AUGACUGUGAUAUGGGGCUUGGACUUGCAUGAAAUGCAAUGGUCCAAAUUCAAGUCGUCGUACAUGUUCACCAGAGUAUACCAUUUGCGGCGAGUCAAGAUGAUUGUAUACCAACUCGCCAUGAUCCUCUGCGUUUGCUCCGAAUCAGUGGGCACAGCGGCCUUGUCAGACUACGUCGACCAGCAGAACUUCAUCGAGAAACAAAAUCAUCUGGCCGCCGAAUACAACGAUGAUUUUGUCGGGAUCGCUUCGUAUAACAUCUUUGUGGGAAUUGCUGUUGCUACCAUUUUUGGAGCUGCAUUCUUCUUUGAUCUGUUCUGGCCGGAACGCCACGAGAGUCCCUCGGUGCGCCUUUCUUGGAAGAUUUCCGCGAUUGUCGUUACUGUUAUGUGCUUUGCGGAUGCUAUUGCGCUGACGGUUAUCGUCGCGACCAGACACGCCUACAUCUCCGGCGUUGACGCAGACGAGGCAACCCGACUGCUAAACGCAUCAAUCAAGAACCCCAAUCUUUACUACCGACACAAUCCAAAAUGUCUUGCUUCUGUGAUCCUCCUUUGGCCCGGCCUGAUCGCCACAAUCGGCAGCUGCUAUCUAUUGAUUACUUCUCAAAACCACGACGACAAACAUGGACCCAUUUCUCGUCAUGGUCAAGACGAACAGGAGGCAGUGCGACGAGCCAAGACAGAGACUCAGCCGAAUGGAGAGAUCAAUGGUGAGAAGACCACCGUCUAA